AUGCCCCCAAUCAACACCAACACCAACGACAAAUAUGAGUUGGACUCUACCACCUACAACGACAAGUAUGAGCUAGACUCUACUUCCUCUUCCGCAGCAGUUGCUGCCAUGCCCGACUACAAGCAGGAGCUCACCGAGACCGACUCCCUCGAGAAGGGCACCGCCAUUCCCAUCAGACCGGACCAAGCUCUCUCAAACCAAGCCCCGCAGUUGGAUGUCGGCAAGAAGCCCUUCCUCUACGGUCUGCGCACCCACAAGCACUACAUCACCCUGACCAUCCUCCUGGCCCUCUUCACCGACAUGGUCAGCUACGGUAUCAUCAUCCCCAUCAUGCCCUCCAUCAUCGAUAACAUGGGUGGUGACUCGACAAAGACUGGAGUCCUCGUUGCCGUCUACGCCGCCGGAAUCAUGUCGGCCUCGCCCAUGUUUGGAAUGAUCUCGGACAAGAUGGCCUCCCGUCGGUUGCCCAUGAUGAUUGGACUCACGGGCCUCCUCACCUCGACUGUCAUCUUCAUGUUUGCCAAGGUCUACUGGCUCUUGAUCGUUGCUCGGUUCUUCCAGGGUGUCUCUGGUGGUUCUGUUUGGACUUUGGGUCUUGCCCUGAUGUCGGAUUCCUUCCCAGCCGAUGAGAUGGGUAUCCAGAUGGGCAAGUCCUUGAUCGGUCACACGAUGGGUAUGCUUGGUGGUCCCCCUAUUGGUGGUCUCCUCCACGAUGCCUACGGUGAGCGCGCCCCCUUCUACUUCUGUAUCGUGUUUAUCCUCAUAGACAUGUUCGCCUUGGGUUGCUUGAUCGAGGUCCGUGCCGACGAAGUCCUGGAACUGCGCGAAUUCGACGCUGAGCUCCGUGAACGUGCACUUGCAAAGGGAAUCGAAUACAAGGUCCCCGUCAAGACUUCACUCUGGAAGAUCAUCACCGCCAAGCGCAUGAUCGCCGCCGUCACCGUCACCACCCUUGAAGCCUUCGACCUCUCCACCCUCGAGCCCACCUUACCCUUCUACCUCCGUGACCGCUUCGGAUUGACUGAGGGCCAGAUCGGUCUUGUCUUCAUCGCCUUCACCAUACCCACCAUCGUCUCACCCUUAGCCGGCUGGUUCUCAGACCGCUAUGGUGCAAAGAUCCUCUGCUGCAUCGCCGUCAUCAUCUGCGCCUGCUUCAUGCUUGUCCUCUCCAUCGAGAACAAACCCCUCUGGGGCAUCGUCCUCAACCUCGUCGGAAUCGGCCUUGCCACCUCCUGUUUCAUCGCCCCCAUCCUCGGCGAGAUCUCCGCCGUGGUCCGUCGGACGGGCGACAGCGCCGCCUUUGCCCGUGCAUUCGCCAUCUUCAACAUGGCCUUCAGCUUAGGCAUGUUGAUCGGUCCUAUCAUUGCAGGAUAUAUCUACCAGCACCACGGAUUUAAGUGGAACUGCAUCACCACCGCCUGUAUCCUGUUCUUCUUUGUCCCCAUCAUGAUCAUGUGGAUGGGUGACCGCAAGCAAAAGAUGGAGGACAUUGCUAUGUACGAGCGCGAUGAAGAGGAGCGCCAGAUGAUGUUGGCCGAUGUCAAGUUGAUCAAGGCCGAACGCAGGGCCGCUGAGGAGUUGAACGCCGCCACCCUCUGCCAGCCUGCCCUCUAA